AUGACCUCGAGGCGGAAGACAUUUGCUGCGGUAGGCGCCCGGUCUAAAGUUGAUGGAUACGACCCAAUCGGGAGAAUUCAUAAAGCUGCCAGGAACGGUGAUGUAAAAGGAGUAAGGCGUCUCCUUGUUCGCGGGGGCUGUCAUGUCAAUGACAUAGACAAGAAGAACAGAACCCCUCUACAUUAUGCAUGUGCCUAUGGUCAGGGAAAAGUGGUGGCUCUUCUAGUAAUGAUGAAAUGCAACAUUCACCUCUGUGACAGUGACAACAACACACCUCUGAUUAAGGCCAUUCAACAGCAGGAAGAGGAAUGUGUAACUAUUCUUCUUGAAAAUGGUGCUGAUCUAAAUGUUCAGGACCCCAAUGGUGAAACUCCUCUCCAUCACGCUGUUUAUACUGACAACACAUCAAUAGCAGCAAAACUACUGUCACAUAAUGCAAAUAUUGAAGCCCAAAACAAGGAUGACCACACACCACUUUUACUUGCCCUAAAGGAAAACAAACACCAUAUGGCAGAAUUUUUAAUUAAGGCAAAAGCAAAUGUACAUGCAGUUGAUAAUAGGGGCAGAACGGCCCUCAUGCUUGCUGUGCAAUAUGAAUCCCCAGGCAUAAUCAAGCUUCUUAUUGAAGAAGGGGUUGAUGUCUUUGCAGAAGAUCAGAAUGGAGGGACUGCAUUAUGUUAUUCUGUUGCCAGUGGCUGCAAUAU